AUGAUACCUCGAUUUAGGCCUUCUUCGAGAUGGAUUUCCCAGUUGCCGGAAUUUGCACGUCGUGCUUUUCAGGUGGAUCAGAUGGAGUUGGAUUCGGCCCUCUCACAGAUGUACUCACUUUGUUUGAAGCCUUCUCUUGUUAGCAAAAUGAGCAAGGCGCGAAAAAUGACAAAAAAUCAUUAUCAUCGGGAUGAUCCCGCUUUCAUUGUUCUUCAAGUACUCGCUCUAGUCAUUACAGUUGUAGCUUACGGUUUGACGCUAAAAGGGGGCCUAUUGCAGAUUUUUUUCAAUGUUUUGUACGAAGUUGGGGUAACGUACUUAAUCACAGGUCUGAUUAUGGCGACGGCUGCCUGGGUGUUUGCUAAUCGUUGUCUGAUGAGCAAUGGUGGACAGAUGCAUGAAUUGCGUCGAGAAGUUGAUUGGCACCACUCAUUUGACAUUCACUGCAAUGGUUUUUUUCCUUAUUUUAUUUGGACAAGGGUCAUACAAUUUAUACUAUUACCGCUGCUCCUCAGGCCAUCUUUUUUGGCAUGUUUGGUUAGCAACUGCUUAUAUAUGAUUGGAUGUGUGUUGUACGCAUAUAUUGUGUUUCUUGGCUACUUGGAGCUUCCAAUGUUGGUACAGCAACAACAAUUGGUCUACCCCGUACCUGCCAUUUUGUUAUUUACGUUUUUCAUCACUAUUUUUGUCAGGUGGAACCUGACUCAGUGGACUCUGUCUCAGAUGUGGCAAAUUUAG